CCUAUUUUAUUUAUCUCUGACCCUUGUCCCGCGGCCUGGUUCUUUAUCUCUAAGGACACAGAUAACAGGCAGCUGAGUUGCCGGAACAGCCUUUCGCGGGAAAGGACAGAGAGGUAAGAAGCGCCCUGGUGCUGUGGGCUGACAUUGAGAUUAACUGCUGAAGUACUGAUCGAGUUCUGCGUUUCUUCAAUGAGGAACUAUAGGCUGAUCUUCUGCCAUAAUCUCAAACAACCAUAAAUGACAAAAGAAUGCUUGCUCAGUGAGGGUAGCUGGUGCAGAAGCCAUUUUUUAAACUUAGGUGUUUAAGUACUCAGAGAAAAGACAGCUUUGAUUUCUGGCUGCAAAAAAGAUAUGAGGAAGAGCUCCUCCCCUUCCUUGAGUAACUGCAACUCCGUUCUUGCUAACAAAAUAUUUGGAAUUCCACUUGAUGAGCUGCAGCAGGGAGGACAUCCAGACAAUGAGGUUCCAUUCAUAGUCCGCCACGUUGUGGACUAUAUUGAGGAACAUGGCGGUCUGGAGCAACAAGGACUUUUUCAAGUCAAUGGAAAUGCUGAGACAGUGGAGUGGCUUCGGCAGAGAUACGACAGCGGAGAAGAGGUGGAUUUGGUUAAGGAAGCAGAUGUUCCUUCAGCUAUUAGUCUCCUUAGGUUUUUCCUUCAAGAACUUCCUGAACCUGUUAUUCCUGCCAGUUUGCAUAUUCACUUGAUGCACCUUUCUCAAGAUUAUAAUAAUGAAGAUGAAUUUGGAAGAAAGUUGAGGUUCCUCUUGCAACAGCUUCCACCUGUUAAUUACAGCUUGUUAAAGUUUCUGUGUAGAUUUUUAGCCAAUGUAGCAUCACAUCAUGACGAAAUUUGGUCGGCUAAUUCUUUGGCUGCUGUCUUUGGUCCAGAUGUCUUCCACAUUUACACAGAUGUGGAAGAUAUGAAAGAACAAGAAAUAGUGAGCAGGAUAAUGGCAGGACUUCUGGAAAAUUAUUAUGAAUUUUUUGAGAACGAAGAGGAAGAUUUUUCAUCAAAUGAUUUGAGCUCAAUUACUGAACAGGUUAAUGAUCUUUCUGAGGAAGAAGACGAAAAGCUGGAACAUAUAGAAGAACUUCCAGAAGAGGGUGCAGAAAAAUCAAAUGACAUGCCAGAGGUGGUGCAAUUAAGGAUGACUGAAAACAUCCUGGAAUCAAGUAAUGUUACAGCAUCAACAAGUGCCCAUAUAUCUCCCACCAGCAUCUUACCAGCCUCUGCAGAUGUUUUAGAAAGAACUGUUAGAGCGGCUGUGGAACAGCACCUUUUUGAUCUGCAGAGCAGCAUAAAUCAUGAUCUUAAGAAUUUACAGCAGCAAAGCCUGGUGUGCAGUAAUGAAGCAGGAAGUAUUAAUUGUGAUGAGCAAAGACCUAAUAAUCAGGUUGAUAUUGCUGAUGGUAUUGUUAAUGCCAGUGAUAGCAACAAGGAAUGUUCAGAACCUGUGGCUGGCGCUAAUUUAGACAAUGAAGUCAUGCAGCAAGAUUUUGUAUUUGAGGAUGAAGAAAAUCAGUCUGCAGGUGUACUGUUAGAGCCAUGCAGUGACCAUGGUGAUAGUGAAGAUGGCUGUCCAGAGAGGAAAGAAUAUUUGGUAUUUGACAGUGAUAAAUUGUCGCAUUUGUUUCUGGAAUCUAGUAGCAAGAUAUGUGACUUGAAUGCCAACACUGAAUCAGAAGUGCCAAGAGGUCAAAGUGUUGGUGUUCAAGGGGAAGCAGCCUGUAUCCAAAUUCCACAGUUAGAUCUGAAGAAUGCUUCUGAUGGUGAUAAAUGGGAAGCGCCAUGCCCUAUCACUUUUCCCCUCAUUGAUUUCAAAACAAUGCAUCUGCAGAGAGAUGGGGAGGAGCCGUUUCCUGCAUUUAAGUCUUGGCAGGAAGACUCUGAGUCUGGAGAAGCUCAGCUGUCUCCACAAGCUGGAAGAAUGAAUCAUCAUCCCCUGGAAGAGGACUGUCCUCCAGUAUUAUCACAUCGCAGCUUAGAUUUUGGGCAAAGCCAGCGUUUCCUACAUGAUCCAGAAACGCUGAGUUCCUCAUCCAAAGCACUUUCGUAUGCUAGGAUUCGAAGAUCAUCCUUUAGUUCAAAAGAUGAAAAAAGAGAAGACAGAACACCUUAUCAGUUGGUCAAGAAACUUCAGAAAAAAAUCAGACAAUUUGAGGAGCAAUUUGAAAGGGAAAAGAAUAGCAAGCCCUCCUAUAGUGAUAUUGCAGCCAACCCAAAGGUAUUAAAAUGGAUGACAGAGCUUACCAAACUGCGGAAGCAAAUUAAAGAUGCAAAACCCAAAAGCUCUGAUGGAGAGUUUGUACCUCAGACCCGUCCACGGAGUAACACUCUUCCAAAAAGUUUCGGCUCUUCUCUAGACCAUGAAGGUGAAACAAGUGAGGAUGAAUCCAGAACCAUUCAGAAGGAGAAAAAAUUGUCUAAGGAAGCAACUCUUGAAUUUAUUCUGAAAAAACUGAAGGAAAAACGUGUUGAGAGAUGUCUUCCAGAAGAUAUCAAGAAAAUGACAAAAGAUCAUUUGGUAGAAGAGAAAACUUCACUCCAGAAAAGUCUUCUUUACUAUGAAAGUCAACAUGGAAGGCCGGUGACAAGGGAAGAAAGGCACAUUGUUAAACCUCUCUAUGAUAGAUACAGGCUUGUAAAACAGAUGCUGACAAGAGCUAGCAUCACUCCUCUCCUUGGAUCUCCCUCCACCAAAAGAAGAGUUCAGAUGCUACAGCCAAUCAUAGAAGGAGAAACUGCACAUUUCUUUGAAGAAAUCAAGGAAGAAGAAGAAGAAGAUGGUAUUAGUCUGUCCUCUGAAUUAAAUGAUAUCUUGAAAACAGCUAUACAGGCACAGUCUUCAUUGGAAAACUCAGAAUCUGAUAUUGAAGAAAGUCAAAAACUGGCUCUGGAUCUCCGAUUGUCAAGUACUCGAGCAGCUUCUAUGCCUGAAUUACUGGAACAACUUUGGAAAGCCAGAGCUGAAAAAAAGAAACUACGUAAAACAUUACGGGAAUUUGAAGAAGCAUUUUAUCAACAAAAUGGAAGGAAUGCCCAGAAAGAGGAUCGUGUUCCAGUGCUUGAGGAAUACAGAGAGUACAAGAAAAUUAAAGCUAAGCUUAGGCUUCUUGAAGUUCUUAUCAGCAAACAGGAUUCUUCAAAAUCCAUAUAAAAUAUGCUCCUUGAAAAUUCACAUCAUAAAAUCACUUGUAUUCCGUGAUGUUAUCAUCAUGUGUACUUGACUGGUCCUUGAGCUUAUUUUGUCAGGCAUUCAGAGAAUCUCAUUUUGUACUUGGUUGUGGUGCCACUAAGCAAGUGAGGGGAGGGUAAGUUGGCCCUCUUGGGGAGCCUGAGUGAUGUUCCAUGUUGACCACAGACUGUCCUCUUCACCUUUAGCAAACAUGCAGUCUCCUUCAUUGUUUUGUACUACCAACACAUCUAUUAGCAAAAGACUAGAAUUUUAUCCUUUCAACUUCAAGAACUUUGGAAACACAAAGCUUUUUGUUAAUUACCUUUUUUUUUUCCAUUACUGAAGAAAAUUGAGAGGAAAAGCUUCAUAUUGAACACUUCGGUUACCUUUUUCUUACUGAAUGACUGAUAAUUUAAAAGAAAACCUAUAGAAGUGCACAUAUGCAACUGUGUUCUGUUUUCUUAGACAACCAAAAUCAAACUGAGAUUACAAGUCCUACUGUGAAACACUUUUCUGUUUUAAUUCCCAAAGUGACACCUUCUCACAGGUGAAAUAUUAACAAAACUUUACAGUUCAGUGGUCACAUAGCUUGGAUGAAGAUUACAGUAGGUAUAUGACCAAAAAGUGACCUUGUUUAACCUAUUGAAAACAUAUAUCACACAUCAUACACAGAACUGAAUCAUAACACAUGCUGCCUAUGGGACUUAAGUUACUGUUUGUUCCUGAGUUAUAAUUUAUCAGCUGAUGAUAUAUUUGUCUGGAAUGGGUUCUGGGCUGUUCUCCCUUACCCAUCUCCAGAUAAUGUGAGAAAACAGCCAUGUCAGUAUGUAGGAACUCUGAUGGUGCUCACAUUAUUAUGUUUAAUCAAAUGGGCCUAAAUUGGCAGAGUAAUCAUUAUGCCUAAGUAAAUCUGCUCGUAACAAGGGCUAUACCACUGCAUUUUUACAUGAACUUCAGGGGGCUGCAUCUUUUUUUUUUUUUCUCCUUUUCCUUUUUGAAUCAGUAAAAUUUGUACAGUGAAGCACCCUUUAAAAGAGACCACCUUUUGCUUAAUCACAUUCUAUUAAAGCAGCCAUUUACAGUAUGUGUAGUGGUAUGUCCCUUGCCGUACACUGUUAGCAUCUCUUUUUCCUUGGCUUUGCAUGGCUUUUCUUCAGGUACCCUUGAUAUCAUUCUGCUAAUCACUUUUUUGAGAUGGUGACUUCAUUUGUGUUAACAAUACAGUGGGCUUAAUCAAAGUGUUAAUUUUUUUUCCUGGUGCUUUUGGGUUGAUGAGUGCCUCUGUGCCCCUGUUUUGCAUGCAGUGACUCAUGCAUGGUUUUCUUAACUAGCUAAUAUUAAAAGUUUGUUUCAUACAAAAAAUGGGAUUUUGCAACAUUUUUAAUAAGGGGAGGGAAGCAUGAACCUCAAACUUCUGGCACUAUUCCAUAAGUAAGCACAUGAAGUAGCUUGAUAAUAAAUGUUUCUAGUACUUCACAUUUCACUGGUGUGUGCAAUGCCUUUUUUAGAGGGGGGUGGCAAUCCAAUGGUAGUGAAUGUGUAAUGGAAAAAUUUAAAAAGCACUAAAUCCAGUCUUUUUUGUAUAUUUUGUUUUGAUACGGCUAGGUUAUUCAUAGGGUAUUCCUAAAAUGCCAAAAGAUGUAUCACUUGGAUUUGACUUCCGUCAUGUGGUGUACAUUUAAUUUGGUCUCCAUAUAGGAGUAUGACAUCCAAUUUUAUGUGCACUGUAUAUUGUUUUUUAUGAAUGUUUUAUAUACCACAUGCAGAAAUGUCCAUAUGCACUAUUUAAAUGCUUUAAAUAAUAUAUUCCUUCUUUAUAGUGCUAAAUCUAUUUGAGUACCAUAUUUUUAUAAGUCAUCGGCUUAAUUGGUUUCAUUUUAGAAUUAACAGCUACUUUGUGAUUGGUUAUUCAACGUUAAUGUUUGGCUGUGAGUAGAGUAGGUAAAUGGGGCAUGGCAGCACUUAUGCUGUGACAGUAUUAUGUUAUCAGAGUUGGGCAGUAGGUGGUAGAAUUUGGGAGAUUAUGGUAGUUUUACUUUGGUACAAAUCAAAAGUGUAUAUCUAUAUACCGAUAUUAUAUAGAUAUAUAUGUCCACUAAUAUAAUUGCAUUGCUAUGUCUGGCACAUCAUUGUAUAUAGAACUUUGUAAUAAAAGAACUUCAUUGUUCUAAGUCAUUGUAAAUGUAUGUUUUUCCAGUAGGUGUCAAAAAAGUUGAGAUUCUCAUGUUUCCUAUUCUUAAUUUUAGGCUUGUGGUAAUUACCCCACUCUGGACAACAGUAUUACUGAGUGACUUGGGUGGCACAGUAAGGCAGGGAGAAGCCACUGACUACUUAUCUUGUAGAUAAUUAGAGAUAAGCUGCAGAAAGAAGAGUCAGCAUUUAUUGCUGUAAAGAAUUAUCCUAUUAAGAAAACUUACAGUUUCUGAGAGAGCCUGGCCUAAUGAAGACUGGUAGUAGUUUAAAAGUUCUUUUAUUUGUUGCAUACAGCUACUCUAGAGACUGAGGCAGGUGAAUCCCUUGAGGCCAGCCUAGCCCAGGCAACACAGAGAGACCCUGUCUCAAGAACAAAAUACAAAAAUUCACAUAAUCAAAUUUCAAAAUCCAGGUCACUCCUGUAAGCUCAGUGCUGCAGUCAAAUGAUACUGCUUGGGCUAAAAGAACACAUAUUUUAAGGGGGCUUAUGUAGCCUAGAAAAAUUAAGUUUCCAAAUACCAGUCUUAUAACAGCUUUCUCACCAUCUAGACAACUUAUUUACAGUUUACAAAUGCAACUUCUUAUGACCCUGGUAUGUCUUCCCUCAUCUUUAUUUUGGGAAACUUUAAAUGUGCUAUUUAAGAAGCUAGAUAAAGUUCCAGUUUGAAAUUAUUAGUGAGACUUCUAUAUGUACUUCUGUCUUUUACACUUUGGCUUUUUCCGGGAAACUUCAAAUUCUGAAUAGAGGGAGGUUCUUUUACUUGGGUCAUAUAUAAUGUUUACACUAAGCCUUUAUUCAUUUAUCCAUGGCCAGAGGAAGUCAGAAUAUGGCAUUUGAAAACACCAGCAUUUCAUAUACUCUGAGAAAAUUUUUUCCACAUAAUUAUUAAACUAUUAAUAGAUCUGCUAUAUGGGAUAUAAGCAUUAUUUUAUACCCUCGCAUUUCUAGAAUCUAAUAGACCUCAAAAGGACUUUAUGUGUACUAGUGUAUGUAUACAGCAGGGCAUAUUAUAAUGUGUGAAUUGGGGGUUUUUUGUGGGGGAGGUUGGGGGUUUUGUUUUUGUUUGGUGCUGGAACCUAGAGCUUUGUGCAUGCUUGGCAAGCAUUCUACCACUGAACUACCUUCCCUAAAUUCAUAGAAUUUGGGUUCCAUUCAGUGGCACUUCAUUCUUAGAAAUCAUCUGAUACUAUAAUUGACCCUGAUGAUACUUUGAUGAUAGGUGGUUUACUGUUCUGUUCUUCCUUCUUUUGCAGUGCUGGGAAUUGAGUCCACGGCCUACGCACCACCCUACCUCCCUGCCCUUCCCCCUCUUUUUUGGAGACAAGAUCUCGAUAUGUAGUUUAGGCUGGCCUUGAA